GGAGUCGAGGGAAAAAGUCGGGACGGAAAUCAGCUUCACAACUCGCUCGAAAGCAGAUCAAACGGUGUCUCAUCUCUGAAGGCCCUCAGCCCUGAACUGAAAAGUUUGCUUCACAAAGCUGCUAAAGGAAGUGUAAUCCAUCAAUUAUUGAUUAACGUUCCAAAUGGACUGGAAAUCUUAUCUCAGCUUUUGGAAAAUAUCGACGAAGUAUCGACUAUUUGUCAGGUCAAUAUAGUGAUAGCAAAGAAGACAGAGAAAGAGAUGUGGAUGUUUGCUUCACUUUUGACAAGAAUACUGAAGGAGACCACUCUUCUUCCUCUCGGUGCUCACACCUCUCAAGAAAAAAGUGUAACUCGGUAA